AUGAGCCAACAAAACGAGACUACACCCGGUGACCAAGCGGUUCUUGCCUCCGGGCGUCAGGAAUCGACUAAUACAGUGGAAGAGCGUUUGGCAGCGAAGGAUGCGCACCAAAGCGGCGUGGAAGUUGCUUCUAACUGCGUAGACGCAAACGAUGGACCGUCCAAAAGGAGCCAUGAAGAUGUUAUACAGGGCGAGGUUGAACUGCCCGGUAAGCGUCAGGAGAUUGACGCUGCGGCGGUCGAAGAAGCUAAGACGCAAGAAGGCCACGUUACCCCGGCUGAGCAUCGUGCAUCGCGACCAUCGGACGAUGGUAGCGAGUCAGAUGCAACUAAAUCAAAUGCAUUGGAAGAAGCAAAGGGUGAUACCGCAGCUGCGGAUGACGCAACAGCCGAAACAAAGGAUAAACAGGAAGUGCCGACUACGUCGUCUGUUCCGGCAUUCGGGUUCAACAAGGAGUACGUAUCCCCCUUCAGCAAGCUGCUCGAGACUAAAACCUCCGGCGGCUUUUUGGAGUCCACAAAAGUUUGGGGAUCCGCGCCAACAACAGAAAACGUCGGUGCUGCUCCCGAGCAGACUGACUCCGCUGAGGCACCUCAAAAAACAUGGGAUGUGCAAGCCGCAUUGCAGGACAGCGAGACACUCUUGUUCGAAAACGUAUGUUUAAGAAUAGGGAAAUACAGAUGCGUGCAGAAGACGUGCAAUCUGUCUAGAUACAAUGACACAGAAUGGAGCACUCCCGUCCCGGUUGUGCUUCAGAUCAUCGCGAAACAGGAUUCGGAUAGCAAACGCAUAGUGUGCUACCAGGCCGGAACGGGAAGGAUACAGUUGAAUACUACGGUAUUACCAACAAUGUCAGUCAACAAGCUCAAAACAAAGUCCAUCAUCUUUGUCGGCCAAUUGAUCGGUGACGAAUCGAAGCUUGCGCCUCACCGAAUCAUAUUCCAAGACCAGGGUCAGAGAGAUGCUUGUCACGAGCUGUUUUAA